CCGAAACUAUGGAACCGAAAAUUCUAAUAGUGGGUGCUGGUGUUUCUGGAAUAGCUGCAGCUACAAAACUACUAGAAAAUGGGUUUAGUGAUAUAAUUAUUUUAGAAGCUGAAAAUAGAGUUGGUGGUCGAGUAUGUUCGGUUGAAUUUGAAGGAAGAAUUGUGGAUAUUGGCGCACAAUGGGUCCAUGGAGAAAAAGGCAACAUCGUAUAUGAAAUGGUUAAUGAUUUAGACCUUUUAAGUCCUUCAAAAUUGCCUCAAGAUCCAGCAAUGAUGUUUUUCUUGUUAGACGGAACACUUGCCAAUAAGGAUAUUACUGAUAAACUAUUUGCGAUUGCUAUGGGUGUAAAAGACGAUCAAGUAACUGCCAGCAAAUACAAAGGAAGUUUUGCUGAUUAUUUUUCAUCAGAGUACAACAAAAGGGUUCAAGAGCAAUUUUCACAACUAGAUGAGUUGAGUUUAGCCAGUUUGGUUGAAGAAUGGUUUAAAAAGUUUAUGGUUUUGCUAAAUCCAGCAGAAUAUUGGGACGAACUGUCCACUACGAGUCAUUACGUGUUUAAGCCUUGCGAAGGUGACCAAAUGUUAGGGUGGAGGAAUAAGGGAUAUAAGACUAUUAUUGAUGUUAUGACUAAAAAAAUCCCUGACCCCUCAAAACAACUCCCCAUAGAAGACAAAACAUUACUAAACAAAGAAGUAAACAAAAUAAUUUGGAACCAAGAUCAAGCGACAAUCAAAUGCUCUGAUGGAUCAAUAUAUGAAGCCGAUCAUGUCAUCAUUACUGUCUCAGUAAAUGUCCUAAAAGACACAUACAAAAAAAUGUUCAUCCCCGCUUUGCCCGAAUAUAAAAUAAAUUCAAUCCAAAACAUACCAAUGGGCACAGUGAAUAAAAUCCUAUUGAAAUUCCCCAACAAAUGGUGGCCAGAUACAAUCAAAGAUAUCAGUUUUCUUUGGUCGGAAGAUCAAAGAGAGGAAUUGGUCAAGGAAUUCCCUCACGGGCCAAUAGUCAAUGGAAGAUCUUGGCUCGAGAAUUUGUUUUCGUUUAUUGCCAUCGAUAGCCAUCCUAAUGUUUUAUUAGGUUGGAUUAAUGGCCCUACGGCCAAAUUAGUUGGGCUUUUGCCAGACGAAAUUGUUAUAAAAGGAGCUAUGUAUAUGUUGAGGAAGUUUGCUGGACAUCUGUAUGACAUACCAGAACCUGACAGCAUAUUAAGAUCUAGAUGGGGUAGUAAUUCUCACUUUAGAGGUUCAUAUGUAUAUGUUAAUUCUGACAUGGAAAAACGGAAAGCUAGUGCUGAAGAUCUGUCAAAACCGUUGCUUAGUGAUAAUGGUAAACCAGUGGUACUUUUUGCUGGAGAAGCCACUCAUCGAUGUUUAUUUUCCACUGUCAAUGGUGCUAUGGAGACUGGAUACAGAGAAGCGGAUAGAUUGAUUACUUUGUAUAAUGAUAAAUGAUUUUUUUUUUUA